UGCAAUGAAAAAUACUGUAGCGUUGCUACCUACUGGAUUAUUGGGAACUCUACCAAAAGAGUCCCUUACAUCUUUUCUUCUCAAUUUCGACUCGGACUCCAUACAAGAUUCUAGAGACCAUAUUGUUUUUUAUCACGCCAGUUGCACUUCCGGUGAAUGGCCGAGUCCUGAUAGACGCUGUCUACCAUUACAUUGUUCCCUUGGAAAACUUCUCAUCAACGCAAGUUGCAGUUCGGCACUGCAGCAAAUCAACGGACUGGAAUAUAAACUAAGUCUCUGGCUGACUCCUGCCAGAGGGUCAACACUAGUGAAGUUACAUUUGCCUUGUCGUCAUUUGAGAGAAUCUGUCGUUAGAAAGUUUCAGGAAUGGCUCAAAACGGUAAAUGUCGAGUACCACAUCACAGCAGACGUCUUCAAUUUCACGUCUCGUUUACAAGAUGCUUUGUUGCGCCAUUCUUUCCCAUGUUUCAUAAGACUUGAUGCCAGGCUGCAGGGUCCAGUGAACGUCUCAAGAGAUGAGUUUGAAACUUUAGUUCUGGAUAACUGGGUAAAUAGACAAAUAACUUUGAAAGAAAGACGAAGAUUAACUUUUGCCUUACAAACCUUGGAGGCCACGUCUAGGAAGUCAGACUUUGUAUUGAUGAAAGAUAGCAGUCCUUCAGGGUUUGAAAGUACCUAUACAAACAGUAAAAACUACACAAAUCAGUUUGAUGAAGACCUACUAAUAGAAAUGAACAAUUUACUUCGAUGUGGCCAUGUAGUUUUCAACAAAUCAGAAUACGAACUAAAUAUAUUGGACAAUCCUUUGCCUUCAGACUUUAAAGUGACAAUAGAUCUCAAAGUCAUAAAAGUGACACUUUCAGAGCCUCGAGAUCUAAACUACCUUCUCAUUGAGGAGAGCGGAGAAUUAAAAGUGUGUUGGGAGACUUUGGAGACAAAACUGAAGGAGAUUGAAGACGCUGAAGACACUUUGAGACAGAGGAGACUGGAUGUCCCUGAUGGUACGCUCUACAUCGUCAGCGUAUCUUGUUCAGUGGUGUCACUGGUCUGCCUUGUAGUAACUAUUAUGACUUACCUCAUACAUCCCAUUUUGCGAACGUUUGCAGGCAAGAACAACAUGAUGCUGUCACUCAGUCUUCUGUUGGCGCAGACAUCACUUCUAGCAGCUUUUUACAUUGAGUACAAAGGAGAUAUUUGCACUUGUCUGGGCAUUUCGACUCACUUCCUGUGGCUGUGGAUGUUCACAUGGACUUUCAUCUGUAGCCUGGACAUGUUCCUGGUGUUCACUGCCAAGACUCGAAGUUCUUGCUGUCAAGAUGAUUACAAGUCCUUCACCAAGCGAUGUCUCUUCUCCGUAUCUUUUCCAGCAACUGUGGUUUCUGCGGUAGUGGUUGUUACUUACUUUCAAAGUGAAAGUCAAAGAAUAGGAUAUGGAUCUUCGAGAUGCUUCCUUGAUUCUUUCAUCGUAAAGAUGGUGAGUUUUACAGGUCCUCUCGUCGCACUAGUCCUCUGUAAUACAAUCUUCUUCAUCACUUCCGUUGUCAAGAUACACAAAGUUCGACAACUGAAGUUAUCUUACUUGAACAAGGAGGAACAGAGUAAUCUCAUCGUCUACGUGAAGUUGUCGGCCAUGACAGGUGUCUUUUGGCUUCUAGCUACAGUAGCGCAAGCGUCUGGUGUCUAUUAUCUCAAGUUCAUCGUCGAGCCAAUCAACGGCCUCCAAGGUGUUUACAUCUUCAUGUCUUACGUCUGCAACAGACGUGUGCUCAGGUUGUAUCGCGGCACUGAUGACGUCAAGACUGUGACAACAAAUACUUCGUCUGCUACUUCAAAGGAAGUGGACAAUAAAAUGUUUAUCUGACGGUUUGGUUAUGUUAUGUUGACAUCAUUCAGAAUAUACAAAUAAUACAUAUAUAAUCAAGCGUUUGUAAUGUGGUGUGCUGACAUUAAGCAAUGAAGUAAAUAACCUUAAACUAUUAAUAAAAUAUGUAUAAUUUCGUAUUUCAAAUAUUGCUAAAUAUAAUAUGUUUUUUUUUUAUGACAUACUAGUCAACCGGCGUACGCAUACGCCUCUAUUUUUCAGGCCGGCCUUAGAUGACCGCAGUGGGCUCCGCAUUUAUGAGACCGCAGUGGGCCCCGCACUUUCAUAGGACCUGCGCUAAUUCUAGGUGAUUAAAUUAUUAAAUUAAACCAUUGUAUAACUUAUAACAG